AUGAUCCAUGUUCCCUUGUUUUGUUUUUGUUUGACAGCUGGACUGUCAGUGUCGUCUUCUCUUAGGACUCUGGACAAGCGUCUGGACUGCAAUCAGCUGGGUCUUGACAACUGUAAAAUUAAUAACUGCUCAGACAAACGCCUGGUCGCACCCAGACAACAUGCUCCUGUCGACCCAGAAUGGGGUCCUGAGCAUGUGGGAGUCUGGAUGGACGAACAUGGGCCUGUUCCUGUUUUGAGUGUUACAUGGAAAAUAAAACCAGAUGGAAGUGUGAAAGCUCUUCGUGGAUCAGAGAUAAAUAUUCGGGAUGAAAGUACAUAUCAAUGUAUGUGUGUGCAGUUUUCUUACAAACUCAACUCAACUCAACAGCAGUGUCCAAAAAAUGAGCAGUGGACGUUUUCCUUGAAUGGAGUCGUGGUGGAGCCUGAGCAUACAUACAGGGUGUCCGUUAUUAAUCUGCCAGAACCUGACAUUGGAGACUAUGUAAUAAGAAAGCAAAUUACCAUCCCAGGAUGUGGAGACAGAAGAAUCCAAAAUGCCGUAAUAUGUCUGGAAAAUGGUAGUGUAUGGGAUCGCCACCUGACCACUGAUGUGUCUCUGAAUAAGGAACGUAAAACAUUUUCCAUUUUUGUGGGUUUUGAGGCUGCAGAGUAUUCAGAGAGAUAUAGAGUCUCCCUCCAGAGUCAUGGUUUCCAUUCCUCAAAGAAUGUCUCAAAGGGAAACACAACAUCGCUGAAUGCGACAUUUGAGUUUGGUUCAUGGCAGAUCUCACAGUGUAAAAUGUUGUUAACAAUUCAGCCAUUUUUUAUUCGAUGCAAGAAUGACUGUCUGCGCCUCGAGGAAUCAAUUGAUUUAUGCCCGUAUUAUCAACCACGUACUUGGGCUAUAAAGGCAACCGUGGAGCUGCUCAUCAUUGGUGUAUUCCUUGGUUAUUUACUGUGGAGAGCCUUUCAUAAAGAUCCUGUAAACACAACGUCAUCUGCUGCCAAACAACAACCACAAGGUUUUCAAGUGCAAGAGAGAAGAAGAGUUCUCAUCAUCUACUCCCUCGACCACCCUUUAUACAAAAACAUCAUCCUCAAGCUUUGUGCCUUCCUCUCAAACAAAUGUGGCACUGAAGUGGUCCUGGAUCUGCUGGACUCUACAAGACUGGGAGUUUUGGGAAGCAUCCAGUGGUUGGACUGGCACAGAGAACAAAUGGAAAGCUCUUCAGAUAAGAUACUAAUCCUGUGCUCACGGGGAGUACAAGCUAAAUGGAGAGCCAUGUGUGGUGACAAACAGGUUUUUCUAAGAGAGGACGCCCGCUCACCUGUAGGCGACAUGCUCAGUCCAGCCCUCAGCCUCAUGGUCCCCCAUUUUAUUCGAUCGACGUCGUUUGAGAAAUACAUUGUGGCUUACUUUGAUGACGUUUGUUCUGAAGAAGAUGUUCCUUCACCUUUCAACAUCACUGUACGAUACAAGCUGAUGAAACAGUUUGAGGAGCUCUUUUUCCGAAUCCUGGACACUGAGAAACACGAACCCGGCAGAGUGAAUCACAUUAAAGGGUUUUCAGAGGACAAGUAUUGUCACUGUCCCUCAGGUAGAGCCCUGCGGGACGCCAUAGAGGCUUUUCAGGCAUACCAGCUGGAGCAUCCACAGUGGUUUGAAGAUGAAUUACUGGAAAGCUCAGAGUUGAAGGCUGAAGAAAACUCAGCUGAAAUCUGUGACAAUACAAAAACAACCACAAACCUUACUGCAUAUCGUCGACCUGCCUCAACCAUAGUCACCAGUCAUGUAACAACACAAGAAAAUGAUUACACAGCAGAUAGAACAGGACAGAACGUAGCUGAAGAGUUUCAAAUGUGCACGACGGCUGAGGUCAACCCCUUUAAUGCUGAGAACAUGCAGCAAGUUUGAUGUAAUUGCAUUUUUAGACAUCUGUGAAGAUCUUCAUUUUUAUGAAACUGUCAAAAGCCGAUGUGAUUCGUGCUCCACAAUUUAAGACAAAUCUGCUGACAGAAAUCAUUAGUGGAUACAAGCAGAUAUUAAAAUCAUAUUGGAACAAGUCAUCAGCUGAUAUGUGGCCUAUGGAUGUAGAAGACUCGGAUGAAUCUGUGUAACGUCUCUAACCAGUUACCAGAUUUCAAUGUGAACUUAAAAAAAAAGAAAUAUGUGGACGUUUUGGACACAUUUGUUGUUUCUUUAAUAGUAUUUAUUUUAUCUUCCAUGUAUCAACUAGACUUAAUAUCAGUUCUGCAGUAUUUUUGCAUGUUGCAUUAAUGUUAAAUAUCCAUUCACUCAGGAGACAAAUUCUUAAUAUACCACUCCCAACCUGAGGGUCCUGACCCCCCAAAUAUUCUUGAUUUUAAGAAGUGUACUGUAAAGCCCAGUUCAGACCAAAUAUUCAUGACUAGAUGAGUUGAAACAGGCAGCUACUUUCAAUGUGCCAUUCUGCACUGUUCUAAAAAUCUGCAGGUUCACACCAGUGCAACUAGAUGAGACAGUGUAUUGUCUCUAUGCAACAACUCAAUGUACUGUCGCUCCGUUUUUCAGCUUUUCAGGCUUAUUUUGUGGCUGAAUAUAAUUUGUAGCUUCUUAAAAUGUGAAUGAGGAUAGUGAUAGUGAGAUUCUGGCUACAGCUGCAUUUGUAGUAGUGAUGAAACGGCGAAAAACAAACAAAACAAGCAUCAGAUGGCCUGUAUUCAUAAUAGAUACGCCACAAUAAUAUAAGUAAGCAGCGCCAAUUAAUCAGUCAAUGAGAAAGUUUGUGUGGGGGGGGGCAUGAGCACAUACAGCGAGCAGCACCCCACCGUCCGACAUCAGAGCACCUGUCACAGCAAGUGAACACGCUGUCUGCUGUCAUUUUGACUUGACCAGCAGACUUCACUACAAGCUGACUGGCUGUAGAAACAGGUGAAGUGCUAAACAUUCUAAAAUCCAGCCACCAGCAGUUAUACCAGCUGAGUUGCAGUUGACAUAAUCUGCUGGCUUGAGUCAAGCUCAGAGCGGCCAGUUCACACCGCUGCAACUUUUCUCUGCAACGUUCUAAAACGGUUUUGUCUUGUUGGGAAUCAUUGGUCUAAACUGGGCUUAAAAAAACUUUUUGAGAAAAUAAACAGUAGCCCUAUAUCUCUUAUUUAAGAUAUAAACUUAAAAUAAUCUUAAUAUGGAUAAGGGAACAGUAAAGACCUGAACACAAGCUAUAUUCACAGAGCUUUCACCCUCUGCUCAAUCUGGAAAUCCAUCGGUUAAAAAAAAAAAAGGAUUUUUUUUUUUUUUCCUUUACUCUACAAUGUAAAUUGCAGAAUCUGUCUUGAGAGAUUACCCUCUG